GUUCCGCCGCCUGGCCUCCCCUCCCCCCAGUCGGAGCUCACUGUCUCCAAGAUGGCGGCCGUGUCAGUUUGGGGCAUCUCCGCGGUCCGGCCCGGGCCCCCGGGAUCUCGGCUGUCUUCCCCCCAGGCUUAAGAUGGUCAUUUUCUGCUGGAAGCUGGGAAUGAGAUGUGUGGAACCCAAGAGUGUGUGUGGUGUAGACACCCAUGCGUGGUGCUAGUGAGGAGUUCAAAGAUACGUCAGACAAACCAGUCGUUUUGAUUUCUGAGGUAAAAGUAGGCUGUAAUUCAAUUUUGUGAAAGGAGGGAAGACUCAGGCCAGAAAUCUUGUAUGCUAUGGUUAACUGGUUCCCAUCCUCCGCGAAUCCUGUUUUCCAUGGUGUAAGACUUACUCAGCAUCAGGAUAAGGGAUAACGACUCUAUGGAUAUACAGAAUCCUUCACCAUGGUAAAACUCGCUAACCCGCUGUACACGGAGUGGAUUUUGGAGGCCAUCAAAAAAGUCAAGAAGCAGAAACAACGACCUUCAGAGGAAAGGAUAUGCAAUGCAGUGUCUUCAUCCCACGGCUUGGACCGGAAGACUGUUCUAGAGCAGUUGGAGCUGAGUGUUAAAGAUGGGACGAUUUUAAAAGUCUCAAACAAAGGUCUCAAUUCCUACAAAGAUCCUGAUAAUCCUGGGCGAAUAGCACUUCCUAAACCUCGAAACCAUGGAAAAUUGGAUAAUAAACCAAGUGUGGAUUGGAAUAAAUUACUCAAACGGGCGUUCGAGGGCUUGGCGGAGUCUGGUGGCUCAACUUUGAAAAGUAUUGAACGCUUUCUGAAAAGCCAGAAGGAUGUGUCUGCUGCCUAUGGAGGCAGUGCUGCCUCUGGGUUUCACCAGCAGCUACGAUUGGCGAUCAAGCGUGCCGUUGGUCAUGGACGACUCCUUAAAGAUGGACCUCUCUACCGCCUCAACACUAAGCCAACCAGUGCUGAAGGGAAAGAGGGCUGUGAGUCGCUCUCGUGUUUACCUCCUGUGUCACUGCUUCCUCACGAGAAAGACAAGCCUGUUGCUGAACCAAUCCCCAUCUGUAGUUUCUGUCUUGGUACAAAAGAGCAAAACCGGGAAAAGAAGCCCGAGGAACUCAUCUCCUGCGCAGACUGUGGCAAUAGUGGUCAUCCAUCCUGUUUAAAGUUUUCCCCAGAACUAACAGUGAGAGUGAAGGCCUUACGGUGGCAGUGUAUUGAGUGUAAAACGUGCAGCUCCUGUCGUGAUCAAGGCAAAAAUGCAGAUAACAUGCUCUUUUGUGAUUCAUGUGACCGAGGUUUUCACAUGGAGUGUUGUGACCCACCACUCACACGGAUGCCAAAAGGCAUGUGGAUAUGUCAGAUAUGCAGACCUAGGAAAAAAGGACGGAAACUUCUACAAAAGAAGGCGGCGCAGAUAAAACGGCGCUAUGCUAAUCCAAUAGGACGUCCAAAAAACAGGUUAAAGAAACAAGACACGGUAUCAAAAGGUCCCUUUAGCAAAGUUCGAACAGGUCCUGGAAGGGGUCGGAAACGUAAAAUAACUGUCUCCAGCCAGUCUGCGUCAUCUUCAGAAGAAGGCUAUUUAGAGCGGAUAGAUGGCUUGGACUUCUGCAGAGAUAGCAAUGCCCCCUUGAAGUUCAACAAGAAAACCAAAGGGCUCAUUGAUGGCCUUACCAAAUUCUUCACGCCUUCUCCUGAUGGGCGGAAAGCCCGAGGGGAGGUGGUAGACUACUCUGAGCAAUACAGAAUCAGGAAAAAGGGCAACAGAAAAUCAAGUACUUCAGAUUGGCCCACAGACAAUCAGGAUGGCUGGGAAAACAAACAAGAAAACGAGGAGCGGCUUUUUGGGAGCCAAGAAAUCAUGACGGAAAGAGAUAUGGAGUUAUUUCGUGAUAUCCAAGAACAAGCACUGCAGAAAGUCGGAGUAACUGGGCCCCCUGAUCCACAAGUUCGCUGUCCCUCUGUCAUUGAGUUUGGGAAGUAUGAAAUCCACACCUGGUAUUCCUCUCCAUAUCCUCAAGAAUACUCAAGGCUGCCUAAAUUGUAUCUUUGUGAGUUCUGUCUAAAAUAUAUGAAAAGUAGAACUAUUCUACAGCAGCACAUGAAGAAAUGUGGUUGGUUCCAUCCUCCUGCCAAUGAGAUUUACCGAAAGAAUAAUAUUUCUGUCUUUGAGGUUGAUGGGAACGUGAGUACCAUUUAUUGUCAAAAUCUGUGUCUCUUGGCAAAGUUGUUUCUUGACCACAAAACACUCUAUUAUGACGUGGAGCCAUUUCUUUUCUAUGUUCUAACACAGAAUGAUGUCAAGGGCUGCCACCUUGUUGGCUACUUUUCUAAAGAAAAGCACUGCCAACAGAAAUACAAUGUCUCCUGUAUAAUGAUUCUUCCCCAAUACCAACGUAAGGGCUACGGCAGGUUUCUCAUCGAUUUCAGUUAUUUGUUAUCAAAGCGUGAAGGCCAAGCAGGCUCUCCUGAGAAACCGUUAUCAGAUCUAGGUCGUCUUUCCUACAUGGCUUAUUGGAAAAGUGUAAUCUUGGAGUGCCUUUAUCACCAAAAUGACAAACAAAUCAGCAUUAAGAAGCUGAGCAAGCUGACGGGGGUCUGCCCACAGGACAUCACUUCCACACUCCACCACCUACGAAUGCUGGACUUCCGCAGCGACCAAUUUGUGAUUAUCCGCCGGGAGAAACUUAUCCAGGAUCACAUGGCAAAGCUGCAGCUGAACCUUCGGCCUGUCGAUGUAGAUCCAGAGUGCUUACGCUGGACUCCAGUCAUAGUCUCCAACUCUGUGGUCUCAGAGGAUGAAGACGAGGAGGCUGAUGAGGGAGACAAAGAGGAGCCCCAAGGCCAAGAAAGAGAGUUAGAGACCAGGGUGGGAAAGUCUAUGUCUCGGGAGAACAAAGAUCAGGAUUCUUCCUCUUUAAUAGAAAGUGAAAAGAAACCAGAAGUUAAGGAACUAGCUGGUUCUUCACGUUUGAGCAAACAGGCCCUUCCUCGGGACAGUCUUCCUGCAAAUAGCCAGCCGCCUCGGAGGGGUCGCUGCGGGAGGAGGAACAGAAAGACACAGGAGCGCUUUGCUGAUAAAGAGUCUAAGAUGCUUGUGGAUGAAACAUUAUCCACUUCUCAGGAGCAAUAUGGAGACUGCGAGGGAAAAUCAGAAACCUCCCAAGAACGGUACACUGAGAUGGAAGAACAGUUGGCAGCCCCUCAAGUGCAAGCAGACGGGAAACCAGACAUCCCCAAGGGGAGGUUCAGUGAGAGCAUUGAGUUGUGGCGAGGACAGCUGAAGAAAAGCCCUGAGACCCUGAAGUGCCGGUUGCCAGAAGGAAAUGACCGGCUUCCGUGCUGCUACACCGAUGGUGACAGGGCUGUCUUCAGGGGUUUCAGCGAGAGUAGUGAGGAGGAAGACGAGCCAGAAAGUCCUCGAUCCAACUCGCCGCCAGUUCUCACAAAGCCCACUCUGAAAAGAAAGAAACCAAUUCUUCACCGAAGAAGAAGAGUCCGGAAGCGGAAACACCACAAUAGCAGUGUGGUCACAGAAACUAUCUCUGAGACCACUGAGGUGCUGGACGAGCCUUUUGAAGACUCUGACUCGGAGAGGCCGAUGCCGAGACUGGAGCCUACAUUUGAGAUUGAUGAAGAGGAGGAGGAAGAAGAGGAGGAGGAGGAGAAUGAGCUCUUCCCCAGAGGGUACUUCCAUUGCUUGUCCUCACAGGACAUCCUUAGGUGUCAGUCCUCCUCUAAGAGGGCGUCAAAAGAUGAGGAGGAGGAAGAAGAGGAGGAGGAGGAGGAGGAGGAGGAGGAGGAGGAAGAGGAGUCAGACGAUGCAGAUGACACUCCUGUCCUAAAGCCAGUAUCUCUCUUGCGGAAAUGUGAUGUGAACAAUGCUUCACUUGAGCCAGACACCUCUACACCUAUGAAAAAGAAAAAGGGAUGGCCCAAAGGCAAGAGCCGGAAACCUAUCCACUGGAAGAAAAGGCCUGGGCGGAAACCAGGAUUUAAAUUGAAUCAGGAAAUCAUAGCUGUUUCUACACAGGAAUGCAUAGUUGAGCCCAUAGUCCCCAUUAAACCAGGACGUAAACCCAGAACUCAAGAGAAUGAAGAAAUUGUUGAGGUAAAGGAGGACUUGUUGGAAGAAAGGAAGGAGGAGAUGCAUACGGAACCAGAUGAGGAGGCCGAAGAAGAAGAGGAUACAACCAGCAGUGACAUUAGAGCCAUGUCCCCACUGGACAGCAGCAACAGCCCUGAUGCAGAACCAAAAGAACCCGAGGCAGAAGAGGAAGAUGAGAAGCCUUUGGAUGAUCAGAGGCAGUCAGAGGACGAGCCUCAAGAGCUGGAAGAACAGGAGCAAGAGGAAGAGGAUGAAGUGACCACAGAGGCAAACCAGAAUGAAGACCAUGAUGCUGAUGACGAGGAUGAUGGCCACCUGGAGUCACUAAAGACAAAAGAGCCAGAGGAGCAGCCGGCUAGAGAGGAUCGAAAGGAGGAGCCUGGCAUUCAGGAAGCUUUUUUAGAUGCAAACAUGCAGGACAGUAGGGAGACUAUAAAGGAUAAAGAUGAAACUGAACCGGACUCUGAAGAGGAGCAGCCUUCCCAUGAAGCAUCUGUGGGGUCAGAGACCAUGCCAGGCUCCGAGGAGGACCAUGAAGAAGACUCCAACACUAAGGAAGAGUUAAUUGAGCUAAAAGAGGAGGAAGAGAUCCCACACACUGAACUGGACCUGGAGACUGUACAGGCAGUGCAAUCUUUGACUCAAGAAGAAAGCAGUGAGCAUGAAGGAGCCUACCAGGACUGUGAAGAAACUCUUGCAGCUUGCCAGACUCUGCAGAGUUACACCCACACUGAUGAGGAUGCGCAGAUGUCAAUGGUUGAAGACUGUCAUGCUUCAGAGCAUAAUAGCCCAAUCUCCUCCAUCCCGUCUCAUCCUAGCCAGUCAGUCCGCUCCGUCAGCAGCCCCAGCAUGCCUGCCCUGGAGAGUGGCUACACACAGAUCAGCCCAGAGCAAGGAUCCCUGUCCGCACCCUCUAUGCAGAACAUGGAGACCAGCCCCAUGAUGGAUGUGCCUUCCGUAUCAGACCACUCUCAGCAGGUAGUGGACAGUGGCUUCAGUGACCUGGGCAGCAUCGAGAGUACCACAGAGAACUAUGAGAACCCAAGCAGCUAUGACUCUACCAUGGGCAGCAGCAUUUGUGGGAAUACUUCCUCUCAGAGCAGCUGCUCCUAUGGUGGCUUGUCCUCUUCAAGCAGCCUCACCCAGAACAGUUGUGUUGUUACUCAGCAAAUGGCAAACAUGGGCAACAGCUGCAGCAUGUUACAGCAAAACAGUGUCCAACCAGCUACCAACUGCAAUAUCAAGUCACCUCAGACUUGUGUGGUGGAAAGGCCUCCCAGUAACCAGCAGCCACCCCCGCCACCGCCCCCGCCACCGCCACCACCACAGCAGCAGCAGCCACAGCAGCAGCAGCAGGCGGCCCCACAGCCUCCCCCACCACAGCCACAGCAGCCGCAGCAGCCCCCUCCACCACAGCAGCAGCCCCAGCCCCCACCACCACCGCAGCCACCGCAGCAGCAGCAGCCUCCUCUGUCUCAGUGUAGUAUGAACAACAGCUUCACUGCGGCUCCGAUGAUCAUGGAGAUCCCAGAGUCUGGAAGCACUGGGAACAUCAGUAUCUACGAGAGGAUUCCAGGGGAGUUUGGUGCUGGCAGCUACUCUCAACCAUCGGCCACCUUCAGUCUAGCCAAGUUGCAGCAGCUGACGAACACCAUUAUGGACCCUCAUGCCAUGCCUUACAGUCAUUCUCCGGCUGUGACUUCCUAUGCAACCAGUGUUUCUCUGUCUAAUACGGGACUGGCUCAGCUAGCUCCAUCUCAUCCCUUAGCCGGGACCCCUCAAGCACAAGCCACCAUGACUCCACCCCCAAAUUUGGCAUCUACUACUAUGAACCUCACGUCACCUCUGCUACAGUGCAACAUGUCUGCCACCAACAUUGGAAUUCCUCACACUCAGAGGUUGCAAGGGCAGAUGCCAGUCAAGGGGCACAUUUCUAUCCGUUCCAAGUCCGCACCUUUACCCUCUGCAACUGCACACCAACAGCAGCUGUAUGGCCGCAGCCCACCAGCAGUUGCCAUGCAGGCUGGCCCUCGUGCAUUGGCUGUUCAGCGUGGCAUGAACAUGGGGGUUAAUUUAAUGCCCACUCCAGCCUAUAAUGUCAAUUCCAUGAAUAUGAACACCUUGAAUGCCAUGAACAGCUAUCGAAUGACACAGCCCAUGAUGAAUAGCAGUUACCAUAGUAACCCUGCCUACAUGAACCAGACAGCACAGUAUCCUAUGCAGAUGCAGAUGGGAAUGAUGGGGAGCCAGGCCUAUACCCAGCAGCCUAUGCAGCCAAACCCUCAUGGAAACAUGAUGUACACUGGCCCCUCCCAUCACAGCUACAUGAAUGCUGCUGGUGUACCCAAGCAGUCACUUAACGGACCUUACAUGAGAAGAUGAGCGAGGUGAACUUGCAGUUAAAAGCUUAAAUAUAUAUAAAUAAAGGAACUUUUUAUACUGACAAACCAGAGAAAAAAAUGGACCUUUUUUCCAGUUAAAAUAUUACUGUAGAGUUAGAGGAGUUUUUCUUUGGUUUAUUAUUAUUACUGUUUUUGUUUUGUUUUUAGAAAACCUGAUCUCUUUUUGGGGGUUCGACUUUGUUUUGGGUGUUUGUUUUCUUCACAAUCUUGAACAUUUUACAGUAGAACUCAUCUAAAGAUGGAUUUGGGUAGGGGAAACAUGCACAAAAUCUUUUCAUAAUUAAAAGGAGCCUUACUUUCUUUAUACACCACAUGGACAGAAUUUAUGUAAACGUGAAUUUAUUUUUGUUUUAAAAUGUAUGUUUCCCCUCACUGUCUGCAGCUCCCAGUGUUGUCAUUGUUAAAUGUCAUAUUUACAUCUCAAGGGUCAGCCAGACCCUUUCCUCCAAACCCAGCCUUCAUUUCCCACGUCAUCCCAGCAGGAGGCACUUAGGGGACCUGGGGUGGGGACGACGUGGAGAACAACCCAGUUCCUUAAACUUAAUGUUGUUGGUGUUCUUGUUGUUAUUAUUAUUAUUAUUAAUAAAGUGAAGCAGGUAA